CGUUAAAAGCUCCAAGCCUGCUAAAUGGCUGGACUUUUGGGAUUUAGUGGCCUUGGACCUAAGACAAAGAAUAUCGUUGUUGCCGGAGGUUUGACUGCAUUUGUCUUCGGGGUAUAUUUCUACACCAUGAGAGCAGUUGGAGGUUCGGAUGAACUGCAAGUAGCCAUUGACCAGUUUGAAUCGCAGAAAAGAAACAAGGAAUCGAAUGUGUAGGCUUCAAAAUGAACUUUUUUUUCCUCAUGGAUAUUUUUGUGACCACAACAAUGAGGAAAUAUGUUCAUUGGCAAUAAUAUGUUUUCCAUGAACUCUCUAAGAAGAAAUAUUAUGUUGGGUUGGUAGGGAUACGUUUUCUCAGUUUGGGAAGUUCAAAUAAUACGUUUUAUACUUUCCCCAUUUUAUUACUUCAAGUGAUUUUAGUACAUUAACACAAAUGAAUUAUUCAGAAGGCAUUGUAUGAAAAGUGAUUUUGAUA